CCGCCGCGGCACCCAGUGUACAGCCGCGGGCCGGAGGCGCGGUUCCUAGGCCUUAGAGCCCGGGGAGGCCGCGGGGGAGUCGGCGCUGCUCGCGGAGAGCUGCGAGGCCCGCCCCUACGCGGCGCGGAGGGCGCGGAGGUCAGCAGAACCUCUGAUGCCUGGAGAACUGGGGAGAGGAGGCCCUCGUCAAGUGGAAAGAAGAGACACCCUCACUGGAACAUUCUGAAUUUUGAAUGUUAUGAACUAACAGGAACAAAGUAUGCUGUGUGGUGGGAUGACACAUUUUAAGGAAUGGCACUGCCCUUUCCAAAAAAUGAAGAGAGGAAAUUGCAAAAUAAGCCUUGCUGUUCAAAGAGGGGCCCAUAGACCAGCAACAUCAGCAUCACCUUACUAGAAAUGCAGAAUCUUGGGCCUCACUCCAGACCUACUGAAUCAGAAUCUGCAUUUUAACAAGAUUCUCAGGAUAUCCCUGGUGAUCUUAGAAGAGUCUGUAUUAUGGAAUCGAUCUCUAUGAUGGGAAGCCCCAAGAGCCUUAGCGAAACUUUUUUGCCUAAUGGCAUAAAUGGUAUCAAAGAUGCAAGGAAGGUCACUGUAGGUGUAAUUGGAAGUGGGGAUUUUGCUAAAUCCCUGACCAUUCGACUUAUUAGAUGUGGCUAUCAUGUGGUCAUAGGAAGCAGAAAUCCUAAGUUUGCUUCCGAAUUUUUUCCUCAUGUAGUAGAUGUUACUCACCAUGAAGAUGCUCUAAUAAAAACAAAUAUAAUAUUUGUUGCUAUACAUAGAGAACAUUACACCUCCCUGUGGGACCUGAGACAUCUGCUUGUGGGUAAAAUCCUGAUUGAUGUGAGCAAUAACAUGAGGAUAAACCAAUACCCAGAAUCCAAUGCAGAAUAUUUGGCUUCAUUAUUCCCGGACUCCUUGAUUGUGAAAGGAUUUAAUGUUAUCUCAGCUUGGGCACUUCAGUUAGGACCAAAGGAUGCCAGCCGACAAGUUUAUAUAUGCAGCAACAAUAUUCAAGCUCGACAACAGGUUAUUGAACUUGCCCGUCAGUUGAACUUCAUUCCCGUUGACUUGGGAUCAUUAUCAUCAGCCAGGGAGAUUGAAAAUUUACCCCUGCGACUGUUUACUCUCUGGAGAGGGCCGGUGGUGGUAGCCAUAAGCCUGGCCACGUUUUUCUUUCUUUAUUCUUUCGUCAGAGAUGUGAUUCAUCCAUAUGUUAGAAACCAGCAGAGUGACUUUUACAAGAUUCCUAUUGAAAUUGUGAACAAAACCUUGCCCAUAGUUGCCAUUACUUUGCUGUCCCUGGUCUACCUGGCGGGUCUCCUGGCAGCUGCUUAUCAGCUUUAUUAUGGCACCAAGUAUAGGCGAUUUCCGCCUUGGUUGGAGACCUGGUUACAGUGUAGAAAACAGCUAGGAUUACUAAGCUUUUUCUUCGCUUCAGUCCAUGUUGCCUACAGCCUCUGCUUACCAAUGAGAAGGUCAGAAAGAUACUUGUUUCUCAACAUGGCUUAUCAGCAGGUUCAUGCAAAUAUUGAAAACUCUUGGAACGAGGAAGAAGUUUGGAGAAUUGAAAUGUAUAUUUCCUUUGGUAUAAUGAGCCUUGGCUUACUUUCCCUCCUGGCAGUCACCUCCAUCCCUUCAGUGAGCAAUGCUUUAAACUGGAGGGAAUUCAGCUUCAUUCAGUCUACACUUGGCUAUGUUGCUCUGCUCAUAAGUACUUUCCAUGUUUUAAUUUAUGGAUGGAAACGAGCUUUUGAAGAAGAGUACUACAGAUUUUAUACACCACCAAACUUUGUUCUUGCUCUUGUUUUGCCCUCAAUUGUAAUUCUGGGUAAGAUCAUUUUACUCCUUCCAUGUAUAAGCCGAAAGCUAAAGAGAAUUAAAAAAGGCUGGGAAAAGAGCCAGUUUCUAGAAGAAGGUAUUGGAGGAGCAGUUCCUCAUCUCUCACCAGAGAGGGUUACAGUAAUGUGAUGAUAAAUGGUGCUCCCUGGUACCAUAUAAAGUUCUCCUCAUGCCAUUAUUUUUAUGACUUCCUUUAUCUGCAGUUGCAAGUGCACUGUCAAAUCGCUGUGGGCUGAAACCUCUUCAGUGAGAUCUCAACUGAAUUAGUGGUAGAAUUUUCUUCAAAUUUAUUUUCACUAAUGUCACAUUUUGCCAAUAUGAGUUUUUAUAGUCAACUUAUUGUUGAAAUGUAGGUAUGUUUUGCUUUGUUUUGUACAAUCGUAAGACUGUUGUUAUUUUAAGAAACUUGAUUCCAUAAUCAGGCAGAAAUAUUUAUAGUUAAUAAUAUAGAUACAACAUAAUGUUAAAAAACUGCACACCAGCAGAACUUUAAGUUUUAAUAUAGUUCAAUAGAUAUAUUUCUUUUCUGAAGCUUCAGUAAGGUUUUAAUUAUUAUCCAGCUUAAGAAAUAGAAAUGCAUAACCAUACAUUAUUUUUAAGAAAGGACACAUUACAUUAGCAUCUAGGAAAGGGUGCGUGGUUAAAAUCCCUAUAUUCCUUUCAUAAGAUCGGGUUUGAAGAAUGUAAUCAAUUGUAUGAACCAAUGUGAUUUAUAAACAAACACAAAUUAAAGAGACAGACUGAACUUGAAAUUAUGUUUAAAAUGCAUUGGAGACAUGGACUAUAUACUGAUAAUGUGUACCUCAUGAAAGAUUUUAUUCUUUGUCUUGUUACAGAGCAGUUUUAUUUGCAUAUUAAUAUACUGAUCAGGGAGAAGACAGUAACAUCUGGCCUCCAAAACUGAUCUUUCUCAUCUAGUACCAAUCUUGGGAAUCUUAUAAUUGUUUCUAGUUAGAGGGAAAGUGUUACGUUUACACACAAGGAGUUGUCAGCUGAUCUAAGCUGUUGCACCUUAGCCAGUCAUACUCCGAAUGGUACAGGAUUUUACUGACAUUCGUGGAUGGAUUAUAACCUGCCAGGCACUGUUCUAAGCACUUUACUUGUAUUUUCCCAUUCAGUACUUACAACAACCCCAUGACAGAGGUAGCUAUUAUCCUCGUUUUACAUAUAAGGAUACUGGAGCAUAGAAAAGUUAAGUAAUUUGCCCAAGGUCAUGCAGUUAGUGAGUGGCAGAGCCAGCAUUCAAGUCCAGGCAGUCAUAUUUCAGAGGCUACAGUUUUAGUCGCUAGGCUGUAUGGCCCCUGCCCCAUCCCCAUGCAUACCAAUCUAGAUGCUUCCUCUUUGAUAUGAAGGCACUGACAUUCUUUACAGUGUGUUGUGGGUGUCAAAAGAUAUGUGAAAAUAUUGUAAUCAUAAAUUUAUCAUUGCCUGUGGGAUAAUCCACACUUACCCUAGGAGAGGAUCUUGCCUGGGACAGGACCCGGGAGAUCCAUGGCAGUCCAUAGGCCUCCCUGUGGAGUGAGGGACUCCAGCAGAGAUAGGACCACAGCAGUUUUAACGAAUGGCUGAGGUCCUACAGAAUCUUAAAAAGUCCCUGUAGAGUUGGUCAUCUCUUUUUCUCUUCUUGAGAAGUCCUCCUGCCUGCUCAGCCACUAAUUAGGGAGCAGUUUGCAAGCAUGAAGGAUAUUUAGAUGAGCAGUUAAUUAUAAAUGUACUCUAGAGACAUAGAAUCAUACAGAUUAUUCAUGAAAGUUUUCAGUGCUGACAUUCCACAUUAAAAUUGCAUUUUGUUCAUACUUUGGUUAGAAAGCCCUAUGUUUUUUUUCCAUUUGCUCUUUCCUUAUUUAAAUAGAAAAUUGCAGGCAGAUACAAUUAUAUGUAUUCCUCCUCCUGAAAUUAUAACAUUUUUAAACUUACCCAGUAAGGUUCUACUGAAUCCAGCUGCCAAAGAUAAAUGGACUUUUACUUAGUGGAGGCUACCUUUCCCACCAAUGGCUCCUUCCCUACUACCGCAUCAUGUCCGUUUGGUAAACUAUUCAUGAUUCUCUGAUGUCCUCUUCUUGCUGAAUUUUAGUAGCUUGUACUUUUUACUUGAGCUUUUCCUUUUUCUUUAUUUUAAUUGUAUUCUUUCCCUCUUGAUAAUCAUUUACUUGUUAGUUCUCAGUAGGGAUUCAGUUGGGUGAUAACUUAAAGGUAAACACCUAUAAACUAUAUAGUGGACUAGUGAAAUUAAGAGCAUAUUUUUAAUAUUUUCUCGUUCCUAUAGUUCCACUCCCUUAAGCCCAUACUUGCACCAUUUAAUGUGAAAAUACAAUGAAAUAUUUUUAAAAGUUAGAUGACUACUGAAGUAUAUUGUUGCAUGUAUAUAUUAAUUAGCCAAUAAGAUAAAUAAAAUUAUCACUAUUACAGAUAAGUGGGGCCUUUGAAAAUAUGAAAAAACAAAGUUUAUGAAAAUGUAUAUAAGAUGUAACAGUUGUUUGAAACGGUGAUAUCUCCUUUUCAGUACUACAAAGAGGAAAUAAUUUUGAAGUUUUAGAAUAAAUAUAAUAUAUUCAUUAUAAUUCUAAGUGUUUUAAAAGCUUUUCUAAAAAUGCAAAAAAAAUAUUGACUUUUAACUGCUUUACUUAAAUGACUUCUAAUUGCUUUAUUUUACUAUUUCCUACCUGAUCAUUUUUCUUAGUCAUUAUUUCUCAUAAUCAUUCUUUAAAAAUCAUUACUCUGGCCUCAGAAGUAGGACUGAAUUCUGCUCUUGCUAGAUGUGAGAAAGUAGUGGGAACUUUAAAGUAGUGGGAUUUUUUUUCCUCAACUGUAUUUUGAGAAGCACCCCUGAGAAAAUUUUAAGAAUGUGGAAAAUAUACCUAGUUUUAAUCCUAUGCAAAAUAAUUAAGUAAUUUUUUUCCUAAGAGGAAAUUAAUCAUUGACUGAAUCAUGCUACCUAGCUUUUGUGUGCAGAUUCCAUGUCUCCUCUAUUAAGAAUAUUUAAAAUCAUGUUUAAAUAAGAAUAUAUUCAUGCUAGCAUAUAUUUUUCAAAGCAUAUAUGGAAAUUCGCCUAGACUGUCUACAUGUAGAGAUUUUUAUUUAAAUUUCAAAAUAUUUUAAAGUAUGAAUAAAUUAUAUUUAUAGGUAUUUAUCAGAGAGAAAUAUUUUGUGCUACAUAUGGGAUUGGUUAAUGAGCUCCAGUGUUAAACUACCUAAUUUCUUAAAAUUAGCAUAAUCUUGAGUUGAUUAAGGAAUUUUACUUUUAAAAUUAAUUUGAUAAUAGUAACUCUAUGUAUAUUAAUCCUUACAGUCAAAUUAUGAAAAUUAUUUGUGUAAAAGGGCUUUUAAGAAUAUAUCAUAUCCAAUUUUUUUAUUGUUUAUCUCUAAUAUGUAAGAUCUUAAUUCUUUUUAAUUGCCUUUUGCCAUUAAACUAUUUCAUAAUAACUUCUGUACAGAGAGGUUUCUCCUCCAGAAAAGUUUUGUGAAAGUUAAAGAUUCUUAUGUGAUGUUUUAAAUAAAGUACCAUCAAUGUAAUUUAUAAAUAUUUCUUUAGGAAUAUUAUGAACACUGAAACUGUGUCAGUCUAUAAAAUCUCUGUUUUGAAAUAAGUAUUUAAACAGCCUAAAAUGUCGUGUUGAAAUUAUUUUGUAAAUUCAUGACUUAAAGCACACAUAGUAUAAUAACCUGAGUCUAGUGUUAAGAUUUAUAUUUGCAAUGUGUUGUCAUGAAAAUGAGCUGCUCCACCCUCAACUGUUUAUAAGUCAGUAAAGCAAAUUCUGAUACAUCUUCAGUAUAUGUAAUUGCUCUAAAUGACACUGUAAUAAUUUUAGUGGAAACACAAUUUGUUCAUACCUUUGAACAGUGAAUUUUAUAGGGAUGAAUAGGUUCUUCAAUUUUUUUUAAAUGCAAGAAAACUAUAAAGUGCUAAUAUUCAGAGGUUCUGUCGAUAUGAUACCAAAAAACAUUUAGUUCAGCUUAACACAUGUACACACAGUAGUCCCCCCCUUACCAUAGUUUCAUUUUCUGUGAUUUCAGUUACUCACAAUCAGCCAUGGUCUGAAAAUAUUAAAUGGAAAAUUCCAAAAAUAAACAAUUAAUAACUUUUAAAUUGUGUGCCAUUCUGAGUAGCAUGGUAAAAUCUCGGGCGUUCCUGCUCCAUCCUGCCCACCUGGGAGGUGAAUUAUCCCUCUGUUCGGUGUAUCCUUUCCAUUAGUCACUUAGUAGCUGUCUUGGUUAUCAGAUCGACUGUUGUGGUAUCACAGUGCUUGUAACCCUUAUUUUACUUAAUAAUGGUCGCAAAGUACAAGAGUAGUGACGCUAGCAAUUCAGAUAUGCCAAAGAGAAGCUGUAAAGUGCUCCCUCUAAAUGAAAAGGUGAAAGUUUUUGACUUAAUAAGAAAAAUAAUUGUAUGCUGAGGUUGCUAAGAUUUAUGGUAAGAAAGAUUCUUCUAUCCAUGAAAUUAUGAAGAAGGAAAAAGAAAUUCAAGCUAGUUUUGCGUUGGACCUCAUGCUGCAAAAGUUACAGCCACAGUGUGUGACAAAUGCUUAAUUAAGAUGGAAAAGGCAUUAAAUCUGUACAAUAAGGUAUUUUGAGAGAGAGCGAGACCACAUUCACAUAACUUUUACUAUGGUAUAUUGUUAUAAUUUUUCUAUUUUAUUAUUAGUUAUUGUUGUUAAUCUCUUACUGUGCCUAAUUUAUAAAUUAAACUUUGUCACAGAUAUGUAUGUAUAGGAAAAAACAUGUAUGUCUAUAUAGGGCUUGGUACUAUUUCUGGUUUCAGGCAUCCACUGGGGGGUCUUGAAACAUAUCCCCUGUGGAUAAGGGGGGUGCGGACUACUGUACUCAGAUUUUUUUAACUUUCCAAAUCAUUGGAUUAACAACAUGCAGUCAUCCAAAAUUAGGGCAGACUAUUUGGAUUCUCCUAAUGGCUAGAUGGGCUAAAUUAAAUUACCAAAGCAGGUGCUUUCUUUAUGAUUUCCAAAUUGCCACCUCCAAGGAAGAUUCUCUUAAGAUUUUCUUUAAAGGUCUUUCAUAGCUUUACAGAUAUCCAGCCUGAAUGGGGACUGGAAGUUGUCUCUCAAUGUCUAGUUACCCUACUUUAAAAGCUGUUGCCCAUCACAUUCCUCAACUACCCUUGCCAUUAGGUGUUCCUGUGUGACUGAGUGUUGGCCAGCGAGAUGUAGGGGAACAAGUGAGUGACUUCUUGGAAGUCUCUUCAAAGAAAAGCAGCAUGUGUUCCUUUAUCUUAUUCCUCCAUCUUCCUGCCAGAACUGUGAUAUAACAGCAGCCCUUGCAAAUAUCCAAGUAGACCAAGGCCAAACCCUAAGGACGACAUGUUAGAAACUAAAAAGAUCUUGACUACUUCACAACUUCAACUGCCUUUUCCUGUAUUUAAGCCAUUGUAAAUUUGGGUUUCUUUUUAUGAACUCAAAACUAAUCCAUUCUGGCCUUCAGUUCUUUAUCAUGAUGCCGUUUAACACUGUUUGAAUAAACUAGAUUGCAAUAAUUCUUACCUUUAAAAAUUUUUAAAGGAUAAUGUGCAAUUCACAUUAGAAUUGAUUUUCCAUUGUUAAUUAAUUAUACUCAUUUUCCUGCCUUGACCUUUCAUUAGGUAUUUUGUAUCUGUGCGGAAAAUACUGUCUUCUUUAUAACUGUGUAAUAGAUAUUUGCUAAAACUCUGUAAUCUCUAAAAUAUCAUUAUCAAAGUUUAUGCCAUGUUUUUAUAUCAUUCUCAUAGAUCUGCCUAUAAACAUCUAAAUAAAAAAGUACUGUUUAAUGUGA